AGAGCGACGGUCAGGCUGUGGGAUGACGUGUCUGGAUCUGAAAGUGGGUUAUCGCCAGCUUUCCCCAUGUCACCGUCCUGCGCAGGAACGUUGAUUUAUUCAGUGUGACAGAUAUACCUCAUUUUUUACUUAUGUAAAUAUUGUUUAUUUUGACGUGAUUUAGCUGACACUAAAAGAAAAGAAAAUGUGCAUCUUGUAUAAUAGCCCUCCAGUUGUGAGACUUCUCUUUCUUCUGCUGACUGGAAGCUUGCACAUCGCUUCGAGUUUUUAUCUUCCGGGUUUGGCUCCUGUCAGUUUCUGUGAAAAAGAUCAAGCUGCGAAAGACCAAGAAACACCGGACUGCCGGUCUGAAAUCGAGCUGUUUGUGAACAGAUUGGAUUCUGUGGAGUCUGUCCUGCCCUACGAAUACACAGCGUUUGAUUUCUGCUCUAUAGAGACUGAAAAACGGCCUUCUGAGAAUUUAGGCCAAGUUUUGUUUGGAGAGAGAAUUGAACCAUCCCCAUAUAAGUUACACUUUAAGAAGAAUGAAGAAUGUAAACAUGUAUGUACUAAAACUUAUGACACAAAGAAACAAGAAGAUAAGCAAAAACUGGAAUUCUUGAAGAAAGGGAUGCUUCUGAAUUAUCAGCAUCAUUGGAUUGUUGAUAACAUGCCUGUGACAUGGUGUUAUGAUGUUGAAGACGGACAGAAAUUUUGCAAUCCUGGCUUUCCUAUUGGAUGUUAUGUUAACAAAGAGGGUCUGCAAAAGGAUGCUUGCGUUAUUAAUGGGGAGUUUAAUGAGAAGGACACAUUUUACAUUUUCAACCAUGUAGAUAUCAAAAUAUUUUACCAUGUUGUUGAGAAUGAAGCUGCAGGGGCAAGACUUGUUGCGGCAAAAAUGGAACCGAAAAGCCAUAAACACACCCAUAUUGACAAUCCAGAUUGUCCUGAUAUUCCUAUGGACAUAAGCAACACAUUUUCUGGGGAGCUCAAAAUCGCUUAUACCUAUUCUGUCAAGUUUUUGGAAGACCCAAACAUCCGAUGGGCUUCGAGGUGGGAUUAUAUCCUAGAGUCCAUGCCACACACCAACAUUCAAUGGUUUAGCAUCAUGAAUUCUCUCGUAAUUGUGCUGUUUCUUUCUGGUAUGGUGGCUAUGAUCAUGCUUCGCACUCUACACAAAGAUAUUGCCAGAUACAAUCAGAUGGACUCAGUUGAGGAUGCUCAGGAGGAAUUUGGUUGGAAACUUGUCCACGGGGAUGUUUUCAGACCACCGAGGAAGGGAAUGCUUCUCUCUGUUUUCCUUGGGUCUGGAACACAGAUCUCCAUCAUGACUUUUGUCACUCUGUUUUUUGCAUGCCUGGGAUUUUUAUCACCUGCUAACAGAGGAGCCCUGAUGACAUGCGCUGUAGUGCUGUGGGUUCUGCUGGGAACUCCAGCAGGUUAUGUUGCUGCCAGAUUCUACAAGUCCUUUGGUGGUGAAAAGUGGAAAACAAAUGUUCUGCUGACAGCUUUCUUAUGCCCAGGGAUUGUGUUUGCUGAUUUCUUUUUGAUGAACUUGAUCUUAUGGGGAGAGGGCUCUUCAGCGGCCAUACCAUUUGGCACACUGGUUGCCAUCUUGGCUUUGUGGUUCUGCAUAUCUGUGCCACUGACAUUCAUUGGCGCUUACUUUGGCUUUAAGAAGAAUGCAAUUGAGCAUCCAGUGCGCACCAACCAGAUUCCACGUCAAAUUCCGGAACAGUCCUUUUACACUAAACCCCUCCCUGGAAUCAUCAUGGGAGGAAUUCUACCCUUUGGGUGCAUUUUCAUCCAGCUUUUCUUCAUUCUCAACAGCAUCUGGUCCCAUCAAAUGUAUUACAUGUUUGGGUUUCUGUUCCUGGUCUUUAUCAUUCUGGUGAUCACAUGUUCUGAAGCCACAAUCCUCUUGUGUUACUUCCACCUUUGUGCAGAGGAUUACCACUGGCAGUGGCGAUCUUUCCUGACCAGUGGGUUUACUGCAUUGUACUUUCUAGUAUAUGCCGUGCAUUACUUCUUUUCAAAGCUUCAAAUUACAGGAUUAGCAAGCACAAUUUUGUACUUUGGAUACACUAUGAUAAUGGCUUUGAUCUUUUUCCUUUUUACAGGAACAAUUGGAUUCUUUGCCUGUUUUUGGUUUGUGACCAAAAUCUACAGUGUGGUGAAAGUGGACUAAGAUGACUACAGUUGGCUCUAUUUUUCCGGCUUGGAUUCUUCAGGAAUGGUGUACAUUUGACUGAAAGUCUUGGCAUUGAUGUGAUUUAAUAACAAUCAUAAUAAAAUCUAACAUUUGUAAAUUUGUUUCAAAUGCUAAUUGAUUUCCAUUCCUAUAUUACCUUAGAGGUACAAAACAUUAUGAGUUGAGUUGCAUAUGAAAUGCCUUAUCACUACAGUUAAGACAGAAAAAAAGAACUGGAGUUUGUAAAUAUUGCAAUUACUUUAUACUACCAGAAUUUAACCACCCAGCAAACAUUAGGCUUAAGCAUUUAACAUACAUACUGUAGGCACUGAAAAGUUGCAGUCCAAUAAAUAUAACUGUAAAUAACAUUUUGUAAUACUGAAGGAAAGAUUAAUCAUGAUAUGUGCGUAAAAGUAAGUUUAGAUCUGUUAGUAACAAGAGUUUUUGAUUUCUUUUUUUACCCUUGUUUUUGUGUGUUGAAAUGGUGCAGUCUUUAAGUUGUUAAUCUGUUGAGCUUUUUCGUUUAACUUAUAUAUUUGCCUUUACACUUUGUGCCUCUUCGAUAUUUUGAUUUGUAAAUUUAUAGUAAUAAAUGGUGUACAAAUGUUUGCAUUGUGUAACUAGGGU